UGGUUUGAUCCAGCCACCAAUUAUUUAUUACUGUCCAAUUCACCGGAGAAGACGUUAUUUGCUUGCAGUAAAAAAAUGGACGGAAUCCAACUAACCAGAGAGGUAGGUGUAAGGAAAGCCGCCACGCAACACAAACAUGACACAGUACAGUGCAGACAAUGCCAAAGGGGGUUUGGUUUGGUCAUUCUGAGGAUGAGCGAACGAAAAGGAGCUACACUCUCAUAGUCUCUUACAGCGCCCCGGACGGACUACCCAUGGCCAUCGCUACGCCCUCCAUUUCAGAUGCGGAAGCUCCUCUGCUCGACCAAAUCGUCGAGGGAUCGGUUGACUUCAAAGGCCGCCCUGUUUCCCGAUCAAAAUCCGGUGGCUGGAGAUCCGCUGUUUUCAUCAUAGGCGUCGAGGUUGCGGAGAGGUUCUCUUACUAUGGAAUAAGUUCGAAUCUGAUUAACUAUUUGACGGGGCCUUUGGGGCAGUCGACGGCCAAGGCGGCGGAGAACGUGAAUGUGUGGUCGGGAACGGCAUCGCUCUUGCCACUGUUGGGCGGGUUUUUGGCGGACUCAUUUGUGGGUCGCUAUAGGAUGAUUGUCGUCGCCUCCUUUCUCUACAUGCUGGGACUGGGAUUGUUAUCUCUAUCAGCUGUUAUGUAUUCUCCCGAUUGCCAAACCGGCAGUGGCACGUCCUGUUCUCCACCUAGUGCUCAGGUCAUUCUGUUCUUCUUCUCUCUGUACCUGGUCGCGUUGGCUCAGGGUGGGCACAAGCCUUGCGUCCAGGCCUUCGGAGCUGAUCAGUUCGACGAGCAAGAUCCAAAGGAAUGCAAGGCCAAGAGCUCUUUCUUUAACUGGUGGUACUUUUCAUUCACCGGCGGCGUCCUGGUGGCUCUACUUGUUUUGAGCUACAUUCAAGACAAUUUGAGUUGGGGCCUCGGCUUCGGCAUUCCAUGCAUCGUCAUGUGCCUCGCAUUGAUCCUGUUUUUGCUUGGAUCCUUUACUUAUCGAUUCCGGUUGCCCACUGGUGAGAAGAGCCCUUUUGUUCGGAUCGGUCUCGUGUUCGUCAGAGCAGCUGGAAAUUGGCAGGCCGACACUUUUGCUGCGUCCUCAGAAGCUGAGGCUCAGGGAAUGAUCACUUCCAAAAGCUUUGAACAAUAUAAAUUUCUUAACAAAGCGUUGCUUGCGCCGCCUAAUGGAUCAAAGCAAGAAUCGUCCCAAGUUUGCAGCAGCAUAAGCGAUGUUGAAGAAGCCAAGGCGGUUCUGAGGCUUGUCCCGAUAUGGACAACAUGUUUGGUCUACGCCAUAGUGUUUGCGCAGGCGAGCACUUUCUUCAACAAGCAAAGUGUCACAAUGGAUCGGCGCAUCACUCCAAAUUUUCAAGUCCCGGCUGCUGCACUCCAAACUAUCAUAAGCAUAUCCAUCAUCAUCUUCGUGCCCAUCUACGACCGUGUCAUUAUCCCAAUAGCACGGUCCUUAACCGGGACAUCAUCAGGGAUAUCAAUGCUGCAAAGAAUUGGUGCAGGGAUGUUUCUGUCAAUGAUUUCCAUGGUGAUUGCAGCCAUAGUUGAAAUGAAGCGCCUCGCAAUAGCUGCUGAAUACGGGCUCGUGGACAAGCCGAAUGAGACGGUGCCAAUGAGCAUGUGGUGGAUACUGCCUUCUUACGUGCUGUUUGGGGUGUCGGAUUCGCUGACCAUGGUGGGUCUGCAGGAGUUCUUCUACGACCAGGUCCCGACCGAGUUGAGAAGCGUGGGGCUUGCUCUGUACCUGAGCAUAUUCGGGAUCGGGAGUUUUCUGAGCAGCGCCCUGAUUGCCGUGAUCGAGAGCGCCACCCGCGGGCACAGCUGGUUCGACAACAACUUGAACCGGGCACAUCUCGAUUACUUCUACUGGCUGCUGGCGGGGAUGAGCGCGGUGGCGCUGGCUGCCUACCUGUAUUUCGCAGGGACUUAUAUCUAUAAGAAGAAGGUUAGUGUCUGAUGAACAACCUUGUAUUGUAUUGUACUGUACUGUACUGUAUUAUGUCACUGCAAUGGAAACCAACCAUCUUUGCUUCAA